GGGCAUGGUGCAGGUUUCUAUUUUCUUCUUUUCUGGCAAUUUUCUAGUUGGUAAUAAACAUUUAAACAAUUAUCCAUUGUAUUUGAUGUUGUAGGGUAUCACAAAAUAUAAAUAUUAGGAAAAGUAGGUGAUAUAUUAGUGGUUAUUAGCCACAGGUUAGCGAUGAUUCUUAUUUCUCCCACAAUGCAUUGCAUGACGUCACGUAAGGUACUCCGCUUUUGGACGACAGCCGAAGCCGCUAGUGAGAGAGUGACAGUGUCAGAUUAUAUAAGUAAAUACAUAAAUAGAGAUAGCCUAGAUAUAUAUAGAUAGAUAGAUAGAAUAGCAUAACAUCGAUAGAUAGAUAGAAUAGCAUAACAUCGAUAGAUAGUGAGGGAUAGCAUAGCAUAACAUAACAUAGAUAGAUAGUGAGGGAUAGCAUAGCAUAGCAUAACAUAUAUAUAGAUAGAGAGAGAGAGAGAUAUAAGUAGAUAACAUGGUUUUCUACUGUAUUUGUGGCGGGUGCAACAACUCCAGCAAAAGUGGACAUAGGGUCCAUUGCUUCCCCAAGGACAAAGGGAUUCUCCGAAGCUGGGUGCAAUUUGUCAAGUUUAGGCGGGCAGAUUUUUCAGCUAGCUCUGUUACCGCGUACUCCAGAAUAUGCAGCGCGCAUUUCAAGGAGGAGGAUUACCACUCAGGGGAUGCCAAGAUGGUCUCACUUGGUUUAAAGAGUAAGAGGACGGCGAAGUUAAUUCCUACCGCCGUGCCGUCUGUGCAUGCAAACCACUCUGCCUGCCCUGUCCCGAGGUCGAGAGACACCGUCUGCCGCAAGCGAGAGAUUGCCACGAUGUUGACAGACGCCUCACAGCAGGAGACCGUGGCCAGUGUAGACACUGUGGAGAGUGUCGAUACUGGGGAUCAGCCCUUGCCCUCCUCCACUUCUGACGCUGGGACACAAUGUUAUUUGAAGCCCCCCCGAUGGUCUCACGCUGUGCAGGUUAACCUGAAGCCCAAGAUGGUUAGCGUGGGCACACAGACUUCAAUCAGCCCACAAACCUCCACUCCCCUCGCUAGUCCUGAACAGACAGUUGACGACGAUGAUGAUGAUAAUGCCACUGUCAUCAGUGACUUGUCGUGGGUGCCCGAAGAGCCGAUGGAUGAGGAGGAAUUGUUUGAUGAGGAGCCACCUUACACGUGUGACCCCCACCACAAUUGCAUUGACAAAUUCAUUGUUUGCCAAGAGGAGCUGAUGGGCCUUUUUGCCAUCUGUCCGGCCUGUUGUGAGAGGUCGGAUAGUAGCAUCGUGCAGCAGGAAGGAACUUUUGUUAAGAUCAAGCAGGUCUGUGCAUCAUGUGGCUACCACCGUUUCUGGCAAAACCAGCCAAUGCUCCACAGGAACAUGCCAACCUGCAACCUCCUGUUAAGUGGGGCCAUUCAUUUUACUGGAUGUUUGGCCACACAGACACUAAGAAUGUUGACCCUGUUUGGCCUGCAGUGCAUCAGUGCCAGCAGUUUCUUUCGCCAUCAACGCCGCUACACCAUCCCUGUAAUCGUUCAGGCCUGGCAGAAUGAUCAAGCCAAGAAUUUUAGUGACCUACGGGCAAUGGAUGGCGGGCUAGUUCUUGCUGGUGACUGCAGGUCAGAUUCUCCUGGGCACUGCGCAAAGUAUGGGUCAUACUCUCUGAUAGAGGACAGAGUGAACAAGGUGGUGGAUGUUCAGCUUGUUCAGAGCUCAGAGGUCCCCAACAGCUCAUGGUGUGAGCUUGAAGGGCUCAAGCGCAGUGUUGGCCUGCUGAGGGGAAACGACCUGCAUUUGGCAACGCUGAUCACGGACCGACAUCGCCAGGUUGCCAAAUGGGUGAGAGAGGAGCUGAUCCCUGAAGGGACACAGCAUUAUUUUGACGUGUGGCACAUUGCCAAAAGUCUGGGGAAGGCAUUGGAUGCAGCAUCCAAAGAGUGUGACCAACUACAGUUGUGGAGGCCAGCUAUAGUGAAUCACCUCUAUUGGACUGCAGCCUCAACCCCAGAUGGCAACCCAGCGGUCAUGGAGGCCAAAUGGAGAAGUUUAGUGAACCACAUCCAGGACAUCCAUGACCAUGACACCCCUGCCUUCUCCAGUUGUGCCCAUGGCCCUCUAGACGGAGAUCAGCGCAACAAAGAGUGGCUGGACCCAGGCUCAUUGGCAGCAGUCAAGUUGGAGAACAUAAUGAUGAGGGCUGCCUUGCUGAAAGAUGUCCGUCAGCUGUCUCCACAGCACCAGACCUUCUCCCUUGAGGCUUACCACUCCCUCAUCUUGCACUUCGCGCCCAAGCACACAGGGUUUUCAUACCUUGGGAUGUAUAGCAGGCUUCUCUUAGCGGCGCUGCAUUAUAAUCACAAUGCCAAUCGCGAGACAGCACGGAGAAGUGACGGGACGGAGAAGUACUGCGUGCGGUAUCCGCGCUUCAGAAAAGGUGCCCAUGUGGUGCGUCCCAUCAAAGAGGCAGCCUCAUACGGUUAUGCAACAUCAUUAAUGAAGGCCCUUCGGGAGAGCUACGCCAAUUCACCCGCGGUUCUUCGAGAAGUUGGCGCCAAUUUGUCCUCCGAUGCACCCGCCCCCAUCGCCAAAUCCUUCGAACAGAUUCCUAAGGAGGAGGCCAUCAGCCUCUACCUAGCCCGGCAGUCACGCUUCAAGAAAACCUUAUUAUUCACAUUAUUAUUUUUUUCCACGGACAAGUCCAAUGAUUUAGUUGUUAUUAUUUGCAUGAAAUUUCUUUGUAUAUAA